AUGGAAAUAUGGGAUUUGUUAAGAAGCUUACAUAAUCGGUUCUCGGUUCCAUGGCUUGUUACAGGUGAUUUCAAUGAGAUUACAAAGUCUUCGGAAAAGAAAGGUGGCAAGUUACAUCCAUACCUUCAAAUGCAAACCUUCCGUGAUGUUUUGGAUGAAUGUGGGUUGAUGGACUUGGGUUUUGUGGGUAAUAGAUAUACAUGGUUUAAGAAGUGUGCAAGGGAUGUUUAUGUGUGGGAAAGGUUUGAUAGAGGGGUGGCAACCACGGAUUGGUUAGAUAAGUACCCGGCUGCACAAGUUAAGGUGUUGGAGUGUGGUUCAUCAGAUCACAAACCACUUCUCAUCCAUCCAAAUAGGGUACCUGCAAAAUUAAAGAAGCCAUGGCGAUUCGAGCAAGUUUGGCUUGAGGAUGAUGGGUGUCAUGAUACGGUGGCAGCGGCAUGGAGUGAGGGUAGGAGGGAUUUGCCAAUGGGUAAGGUGGUAAAGAAGGUAGAGAGGUGCCAAGAAAAAUUAAAAAAGUGGAGACGAUGUUGUUUUAGCAAUAUCACAUGGGAAAUAGCGGAAAAAAAGAAGCAGAUGGUGCAAGUAGAGAGAGCUGUGAUAAAUGGAGGUGAUGGGGCUGCCUUGGUUCAAUUGAAACAAGAAUUAGCAAGACUAUUCAUAAAGGAAGAAAAAUUGUGGCAACAACGCUCUAAAAUGCAUUUGAUGAAAGAGGGAGAUAAAAACUCAAAGUAUUUCCAUCAUAGAGGCUCCCAGAUGUAUAGGAGGAAUCGGAUUUUGGGUUUGAAAAAUUUGAGGGGUGUCAUGUAUAUGGGUGAUGAUAAUGUGGCGAGCUUGUUGGAAGAUUUUUACAAGGAGCUUUUUAAAACCUCAAAUCCGUGCAACAUGGAGGAGGUAUUGUAG